GCAGAAGGAAGUCCCAGCUGGCUCGUCUUUCUUGUGCAAGGCAUUAUGACGAUCAUCACCACAUGGCAAGCCGUUUGGCUGCUUUUUGGAGUGUUCCUUCUCAAUCGCCUUUGCCUAGUCCUUUAUCGGGUCUUCCUCCACCCUCUGUCCCAAUUCCCAGGCCCAAAGCUUUAUGCAGCCUCAUACCUUCCCUAUUUAUACCAAAAUAAGAUUACCGGAACCUUCAUCAAAAAUAUGCCUAAGAUGCAUGAGAUCUAUGGCCCGAUCAUUCGUAUAUCCCCUAACCAGCUCGCCAUCGACGGGUCCAUCGGAUGGUCCGAGGUCUUCGCCCGUCAUUCCAACGUCCCCGAGUUCGAAAAGACACCGACGUUUUAUGGUCCAAGAAAUGGAAUUGGCAUCUUACCUGCUCGGCAGGAGGAUCAUCAGCGCCAGCGUCGUCUCAUAGCGUACGCUUUCUCAGCAGCCGCCUUGACUGAGCAAGAGUCGUACCUCAAAUACUAUAUCGAUAUCCUGAUCAAACGCCUGAGAGAACGCAUGUUAGCGGGGGUCCCCGUUGACAUGACUAGAUGGUAUAAUUAUCUGACCUUCGAUAUAAUCGCGGAAUUGUCGUUUGCAGAAUCUUUCAACUGCCUCGAAAAUUCCGAUUAUCAUCCCUUGGUCGCUAUGGUCUUCAGCGGCAUCCGGGGCAACGCCCGUACAUCAUUCUUUGAGCAGUACCCCCUUCUACGCCCUCUGGUCAACUUCAUGGCGACGAAGGACGACAUGGAGAAACGACGACAGUAUUACGCGAUGGCUCGUGCUAAGACAGAAAAGAGGAUUGCUCUAGGAGCCGACACCCGGAGGGACUUUAUGACCUACAUCCUCCGCAAUAAUAAGGAUGGAACGGGCAUGACCCACGAUGAGAUUCUUGCCAAUGCGCGCACGCUCAUCGGUGCAGGCAGUCAUACCACUGCAUCUGCCUUGGCGGGACUGACUUUCUACUUGACUAAAUCUCCCGAGGCAUAUAAUAGGCUCGCCGAAGAGAUCCGCUCCACUUUCUCGUCCGAAGAUGAUAUCAACAUGAAGUCUACCACCGCCCUUCCAUUUCUCCAUGCCUGUCUCGAGGAGGCACUGCGUAUCUACCCGCCGUUGGCAGAGACGCCUCCAAGGGUCUCACCGGGUGCUUUUGUGAAUGGCCAAUAUAUUCCCAAAGGGACCUCCGUUUCAGUUUACCAAUGGGCCACAAAUCACUCGCCGCGUAACUUCACCGACCCGGAUCGCUUCGCUCCGCAACGCUGGCUUCCCACCACGCAUCCAUUAUAUGAUUCGCGAUACGCAUCGGAUAAUAAGGAUGCCUCCAAACCAUUUGCCGCAGGGCCUCGCGAUUGUCUUGGAAAAUACCUUGCCUAUGCCGAAAUGCGAAUGGCCGUAGCUCGGCUACUGUGGAACUUCGAUGUUGAGUUAAAGGAUGGACAGGCGGAUUGGGUGACUCGUCAGCGAGUAUACAUGGUUUAUGAGAAGGGGCCGCUGAUGAUUCGGUUGAGACAGAGGGCUGGGCUUUGA